UUGUGGAUCUGGAUGGAAUCUUGAACGUAUUCAUGAGAGAGGAAAAAGCACAUUAAUAGUAUAGAUUAAGCAUUGCCAAUUUGCCAUUAUGCUUUAGGGUUCUGUGUGUUUGGUGCUUUUGGUCUUCUCCUCCUCAUAAUGGUAAUGGAACCAGAGAGGCAUCAGACACUGCAGAUCAACGUCAAUGCCAAGGCCAAAACCUUUCAUUUCAAGUUCAAGGCCAUCACCAUUUUACCCACUACUUCCAAGUCAUUUCCAUUCCCAAUCAAGCUCAAUCUAAAGCUCAAGCUCUGCCCUUCUCUGCUCCAAUCCAAGAAAUCAGAGCCGCAUUUUCCCUUUCCCAGGAGAGGAAAAUCCUGGAAAUCGAAAUUCCUUCGGAUUCUCGGGAAAUUUCGGCCUCGAACCUCCGAGAACAAAGCCACUCCUUCCAAUCAAACCUCGAAUCUGGGACACCCAGAUGCUCAUUUUUCAUCUAUUCAACUGAGACAUUUUCCUUAUGAGGAACCAAUGUGCAUCGGUUCAAUUGUUAUUGGAUUCAUUGCUCUUCUCUCCCAAUCAAUUUCUCAGAACAACCAAAAAGGAAUUGUUUUAUACACUCUUAUCAUCUUGUUGUACCUUGCUUUAAUUUUGAAGAAAUAUUUUUCAAGGAGAACAAGGAAUUUAAUGGUUAUUGCAAUUGUAGCAUUGCUGUGUUGUGCAAUCUGGGUUUAUUUAAGAAACAUCCUGAAGACUGAUUGUUUUUGGAAAUCUUGCAUGGAACUAUGCUCUUCCCUUGGCCAGAUAGUCUAUUCAAGCUUUUCACAGUAUGUUGAGGCAGACAGAGUUGACAAUUAUCUGAGACACUUGACAUUUUAACCCCUUCAUUGACGUUUUAGCGGGUAAUUGACUUAUUAAAUUUAUUCUCAAUACUAGUUUGUCAGAAAUUAUUGGCAUAUUUGUUUGGUUUUGAGUUUCAAGAAAAAAAAUUAAUGUAAUGAAUAAUAAUAAAUAGAGAGAUAAAGAGAUAGAUAAAUAAAAAAUUUAUUAAGAACUGUACAAA